GGGUUGGAGCUGACUGGAGCUCCAGGCGUCAAGCUCACCGCGCGGUCCUCCUCACUUGACCACUACUCCCCUCCAUCUUUUCCAAUCAUCUAUUUGCUUGUUCUUUUCUAUUUAUCUUUCAUACUGCAAACAUGUAGGCUGAUGCUGCCUCUUUCUGUUAGGGAGGUUCUUUUGGGUAUUGCCGGCAAGGACUUCGUCAUUCUUGCCGCAUCCAAGGCCGCAAUGAGAGGCCCGACAGUUCUCAAGGCCGAAGAUGAUAAGACACGACAGUUGAACAAGCACACAUUGAUGGCCUUCUCUGGCGAAUCUGGAGACACGGUUCAAUUUGCCGAAUACAUCCAAGCCAACGCAGCACUCUACAGUAUGCGCAAUGAUACCGAGCUCAGCCCCUCCGCCGUUGCCAAUUUCGUUCGAGGAGAAUUGGCGCGCAGCCUGCGGUCACGGAGUCCCUACACAGUAAACCUACUGCUAGGUGGUUUAGAUCCAGUUACUGAGAAGCCUCACUUGUACUGGAUUGAUUAUCUUGCGUCGCUGGCGCCCCUACCAUAUGCUGCUCACGGCUAUGCCCAAUACUACUGCCUUUCUAUCCUUGACAAACAUCAUCACCCAGACUGCUCACUUGAGGAAGGCCUCAAGCUUCUCACCCUGUGUACAGAUGAGCUGAAGCGCAGACUACCCAUUGACUACAAGGGGGUCCUGGUGAAGGUUGUGACGAAAGAGGGCGUGAGGGAAAUCUCCGUUGAUAACGAUAAAGUGGUGCGGAGUGCUUAA